AGAUUUUCUGUUUUUUCUUUUUCAGAACUGUGUGUGCAAAGGUAAAAAUCCCUGCUUUUGUGAUAGCAUGAAAGGUAAUAAGGGUGAAAAAGGCUUCCCUGGCAUUCCAGGUCCACCUGGUCUUAGAGGCUUUCCUGGCCCAGAAGGGCCUCCAGGGCCACAAGGACCUAAGGGUUCUCCAGGGCCUAUGGGCUUACCAGGAUCUAAAGGUAUACGAGGAGUCCCAGGAAUACCUGGAUUUUCAGGACCUCCAGGUCUUCCAGGUGAGCCGGGAACUGUUGGUCCUCCUGGGCGCCCGGGUGUUCCAGGAUGCAAUGGCACAAAGGGCGAUCGAGGUUUUCCGGGUCCUCCAGGUAGAAGAGGUGCUCCAGGUGUUCCAGGUAUCCCUGGUGUCAAAGGAGAGAAGGGGUGCCCAGCAGAUGGAUAUAACCAAGGCUAUGGUGCAAAAGGAGACCCUGGAUUGCCAGGAGUGCCUGGACUUCAGGGUUCCCAGGGUAUUCAAGGAUAUCCUGGGGAAAUUGGACCACAGGGCCCUCCGGGAGUUUCAGGAGUGCCAGGGAGAGCAGGACCUCCAGGACCUAAGGGUCUCAUGGGAAUGAAAGUAAUUGGAAACAAAGGAAGAAAGGGUGAUAUUGGAUUAACUGGACCUCCUGGACCACCAGGAACCGUUAUCGUGACCUUAAGUGGACCAAACAACAUGACGGACUUGAAAGGAGAGAAAGGAGAAAAAGGAUCAAGAGGACUUCCAGGACCAGUGGGGUUUGCAGGACCAGUUGGUGAUUCUCGGAGUGAAAAGGGUGACCAAGGAGAACCUGGAGCACAGGGUAAACCUGGAAAAGAAGGUGCCCCAGGUCCACCUGGCUUACCGGGACAGAAGGGUCAACAGGGCAAACCAGGGUUGGCUGGCAAACAAGGAGCUAAGGGGACGAAAGGAAACACUGGUCCACCUGGAGCUUGUGGUCGAACAGAGUAUUAUGAUGAAGUGGUUGGUGAAAAAGGAGAUGAAGGACCCCCCGGACCUCCAGGACCAAAAGGUCAACGUGGUGUGCCUGGGCCAAGGGGUCCUCCUGGAGAUGCUGGUAGACCAGGUGUGUCAAGACCUGGUCUGAGAGGUCCCCCGGGAUUUCCUGGCCCGAAAGGAAUUAAAGGAGAGAAAGGACAAUCUGGCUUGCCCAUUGUAGGGCCUCCAGGACUACCUGGGAUUACAGGCAGGCCUGGUUCUGUUGGAUUACCAGGUGCCCCGGGAGUACCAGGUAGAGUAACAUUUAGAACUGGCCUACCAGGACUUCCUGGAGAGCCAGGGUAUGUGGGACCUCCAGGACCUCCCGGAGAUACUGGCAUGAAAGGUGAUGAAGCUUGCGUGUGUACUGAUUGCAGCUAUAUUCCAGGAACACCUGGUCUUCCUGGUUCUCCUGGGCCACAUGGCCAAGAUGGCAUACGUGGUAGAGAAGGAACACCAGGUCCCAAAGGAUCUCCAGGUUCUCCAGGAACACCAGGGUUUCCAGGGGCUCAAGGACUUCCAGGUUUUAAAGGAGAUCGAGGACAUAAAGGAUCAAAAGGUGAUCCAGGAUACGUGUAUCCAGAGGGACCCAAAGGUGAACAAGGAGAUCUGGGGGCUGAGGGAGACAAAGGAAGAAAAGGCUCAAGUGGAUUUGUGGGAAGACCUGGCUCUAAAGGCUCAAAGGGUUCUAAAGGCGAACAGGGAUCGACUGGCUCAAAAGGAAACAGAGGACUACCAGGAUUGCCUGGUAAUCUUGGUCUCCCUGGAGAGAUGGGGCUUCCUGGACCGCCAGGAUAUGGACCACAAGGAACAAGAGGUCUCAAAGGUUCUAAAGGAGUAUCUGGUCCACCUGGAUUACCUGGAGAAGCUGGUUUGAAAGGAGAGACCAGUAUGAUAACUCCAUUACCUGGAUUACCAGGACCACAGGGGCCAGCUGGUUUACCCGGACCCCCAGGAGUGCCUGGUAGAGUUGGAGCUAGAGGUCAGCCAGGUGAUUCAGGGCACCCAGGGCCAACAGGUGACACAGGCUUUCCAGGGCUUGGAUUUCCUGGAAACCCUGGUCCAAAAGGAGAUAAAGGACUUGCAGGAGGAAAAGGGUCACCAGGUUGUGAAGGAAAGAUUGGAGAUCCAGGCCGAUCUGGAAAUCUAGGACUACCAGGAGGAAAGGGUGAUCCAGGCAUGGUUAUUCCUGGAGAGCCAGGUAGAACGGGUUCACAGGGAGGCAGUGGCCUUCCUGGCGGCCUACCAGGGCAUGCUGGACGUGAUGGUGAUGAUGGCCUAAGAGGAGAUCCUGGCUCACCUGGAAUUCCUGGGGAGCCAGGUCUUCCAGGGAAGCCUGCCAAAUGUCUUAUUGGACUGCCAGGUUUGCCAGGUGGCGAAGGAGCUACAGGCCCACCAGGAGGAAGAGGUAUGCUAGGUUCAAAAGGAAAACCAGGUCCUCCUGGCCUGGGUAUCCCAGGAAUCUUUGGAAAUCCUGGGGAACCUGGACUAAUAGGCUCUCAGGGAAAUACAGGAUUACCUGGUCCCAAGGGACAGCGUGGAAGGCCGGGAAUCUCUGGUGUGCCAGGCUUAAGGGGAGAGCCGGGUAUCAUGGGCCCACUGGGAAUUCCUGGACCCCCUGGCGUGUUUGGAAGCCCAGGCAACCCGGGUAGCAGAGGUUCUUUUGGCUUUCCAGGACUAAAGGGAAGAAAAGGAUUUCUAGGACAAAAAGGGGAACCAGGUGAUAAAGGUUUUCCUGGACCAUCUGAGACCUUGGUUGAUAUUGGGAAUAAAGGAGAACAAGGCUCAAAAGGAUUUCAAGGAAGGAUGGGUCUAAGAGGAGAAAAAGGAGAUGCAGGUGUGCAAGGACCACCAGGUCUUGUUGGGUCGGAAGGAAUACCUGGUCUACCAGGUGUCAAAGGAUUUAUGGGUCUUCCAGGGAUUCCUGGAGGACAGGGAUUCUCGGGAGCACCAGGAAACAAGGGGGACAUGGGAAUUCCAGGUCCAAAAGGCCAAAAAGGAUCUCCAGGCUUUCCAGGACCAUCAGGUGACCCUGGGCAAGUAGGCUCUGGUGGCACUCCAGGUGACAAAGGAGACCCUGGCUACCCAGUUCCUGGGCCUCCAGGAGAACCUGGUCCGAAGGGAGAUCUAGGUCCCCCUGGAGGUUUAGGCAGCAAAGGAGAAAAAGGAUUCCAAGGUCAGCCAGGACAUACAGGAGUACCGGGACCAGAUGGGAUCAGAGGAGAAUCUGGUGGUGCAGGAAUCCCAGGGGAACCAGGACUUCCUGGAGAUGUUGGUGCUAAAGGACUUCAGGGCGUUCCAGGACGAAUGGGCAUUACAGGGCCUCCAGGUACUGUUGGAGACCCUGGAGAAAAUGGACUUGUUGGUGAAAGGGGUAAUCAAGGUCGGGAUGGUAUGCCUGGCACCCCAGGAGUUAAGGGGGAACCAGGGGCACCAGGCAGAGGAAUCCCUGGCCUGCGAGGUAUUCCUGGUCGUCAAGGGAUCAAAGGGGACAUGGGGCUGCCUGGUUUUCCUGGGCCACCAGGUAUGAAAGGUUGUCAGGGGGAUCAAGGACCUAUUGGACCUCCUGGCUUGAUGGGGUUCCCUGGAUUCCGAGGUGCAACAGGCAUGGCGAUUCCUGGCCAAAAAGGGAAUAGAGGUAUUGCCGGUGCAGAUGCAAGACCAGGUACUCCUGGUUUUCCAGGGCCUCCUGGUCUUCCCACUCCCAGCAUGAAAGGAAGCAAAGGUGUUAGAGGGGCAGAUGGCAUACCAGGGCCAACAGGUCCAAAAGGCAACGUUGGUCCUCCAGGUCCAAAAGGAAUGGAAGGUCCAUCAGGUUUUUCUGGUGCUAGAGGGGAUCGUGGAUUCAUUGGAUUCCCAGGGGUAAAAGGAGAAAAGGGUAGUCAAGGACCUCCUGGACCACGGGGUACAGAAGGGCCAAGGGGACCAAAAGGCCAACAGGGUCUACCUGGAGUCCCUGGGAGAGUAUUCUCUGUCCCAGGAAACAAGGGGCCUCCUGGACUACCUGGAAGACCAGGAACACCAGGUGAUCAAGGAACUCAAGGGAUUCCUGGACUACAAGGACCUAAUGGAGUAAAAGGUCUACCAGGAAGUUUUGGGAGUCCGGGUCAACCAGGAUUGCCUGGUCCAAAAGGAGACAGGGGAUUUCCAGGACAAAGAGGACCACCUGGUCUGAUUGGCUUUCCAGGUCUACAGGGGUUACCUGGAUCACCAGGUGUUAUCACCCCUGGUCCAACAAGAAGAGGUUUUAUCUUUACCCGGCAUAGCCAAACAGCCAAGAUUCCUGCAUGCCCCCGUGGGACAUCGCAGAUCUACGUUGGCUAUUCGUUGCUUUUUGUACAAGGAAAUGAACGAGCACAUGGACAAGACCUUGGAACAGCUGGUAGCUGCUUGCAGCGAUUUACCACCAUGCCAUUCUUAUUCUGUAAUGCCAAUAGUGUUUGUAGUUUUGCUUCUCGCAAUGAUUAUUCAUACUGGCUGUCGACUGCAGCAGCUAUGCCAGUAGACAUGGCACCGAUUUCUGGCAGAGCCCUGGAACCCUAUAUAAGCAGGUGCAUUGUCUGUGAAGGAGCUGCGAUGGUAAUUGCAGUUCACAGCCAAACAACUGUAGUUCCUGCAUGUCCAGAAGGAUGGAUGUCUCUCUGGAAGGGUUUUUCUUUUGUUAUGUAUACAAGUGCUGGCUCAGAAGCUUCUGGCCAAGCAUUGGCAUCGCCUGGGUCUUGCUUAGAAGAAUUUCGAGCCAUCCCAUUUAUAGAGUGCCAUGGCAGGGGGACGUGCAACUACUACACAAAUUCCUACAGCUUCUGGUUGGCAUCACUAAAUCCAAGAAGAAUGUUCAGGAAACCUUUGCCACAGACUUUGAAAGCAGGAGAAUUAGAAAACAUCAUCAGCCGUUGUCAGGUCUGCAUGAAGAGACCAGUCUAAACAAUGGGCAUCUCUGACAGAGCGCAAAACUGCUUUUAUUAAAAAUAAUUGCCUAUUUCUGAAGAGCUAUAAUUUAUUAAAGCCCAAUUGCAUCUGGAAAGAAAAUUAUAAAUUGCCAGUGCAGCACUAUGGUGAGGUAGGGCAACAGUUUGACUUUUUUCUUUGGCAAAUAACAAAGCACUUUGUUGGAGUAACCUUGUAAUGACAGUCCUGCAGGGUCUUCUCCUGAACUGUGUCAUUUCUGAGCUGCAUCUUCAUGAUAAAACUGUGGCAUUGCCAGAUCUUUAAUGAGAGAUGUUAAUGCUGCCUUGCAUCAUGUGCUUUUCAAACUGCAAGAAAAACUAAAUGCUGUAAUAUCAGGUUACAGGUGUUCAGUGUUCAAAGUAGAUAUAAUUUAAGAUGAAAAUCUGGGACUUCUGAGAGAUGGAGUUCAAUAGGAAAUCUUUUUCAGUGCACUUUUAAAUAUAUAUUGAUUCAUUUAGGAUUGUUUUGGUUUGGUUUUCUUGUCUAAUAAACAAGUAUCCUCCCUACUUAUCUCAUCCCUCCUCUGGCUGAGAAACAGGAAUACAAUUUUUUUUUUUGUAUCACUGCAAUAAUAAUGGUUCAUGACUAGCCAGAAAGAUAGCUACACUAUGCUCUGGGUAGACAGUACAAUGGUGAUAUGCACUAGCUCCGUUCUCCCAUGUAACUUUGGCUAAGGGCUGACUAACUGAAAUUUUUGGAGGCUUCUUUAGGUUCAGUGGCUUUUGACACAGAUUAUAAAAAUCUUUAAUUUCUUAACAAGUUGACAGUAUUGGGCCUUUAUUAUGAUUGCAUGCUUCUGUCUCUGCUGAAGAAGAACCAUCAUAAUUUGAAAUGCUGAUGGAAUUUGCAGUUACUGUAUGGCUCAAGGGCUCUUAGCGCAUGCCCUUCCAGAUGUAAUCUCUAUCUUACUUUUUUAUUGUAUUUUUAAUACAAAACAAAAAGUAAAAUAUACACAUUUUACAGUAUUUAAUAUUUAAAUAUUUAUCAUAAAAAAUUCUGGAAAUGAAAUCACUUAUUCCAUCCAGUUAAAUGCAUGCAUCUAAAAUAAAAAAAAAAUUGAUUGAUACUUAAAUUGUACCAUCUGAGCACUGGCUUAUACAAGAGAAUACAAUUGUAAAUGAACAUAAAUACUUGAAAAGCACUUUCAUGUACUCAUAUAAUUUAUAUAAAACUGCAGCUCUUUUUUUAUAUAUAUUUAUAACAUUGCACUUGCAAGGCUAUUUAAAAUUGUAUUGUUAACAUUUAAAAUGUUAAUAAUUGUUAAUACUUGCACACAACUGUCAAUUUCAGUAUUUAGCGUUAAAGAAGAAGUCUAAUUCAUCUAAAAAGUUCUGUAAAUGCAUCAUUUUAAAUGUAGACUCUAGCACUUCACUGAAAUAACAAAGAUUUCUCUUUUAGAUUUUUUUUUAAGCAAGUGAAAUUUUCUAUUCACUUUCUGUUAAAAUACUUGCAUUACGUUUGUCUUAUUGUUGGAAUUUUCAGUGUUAACAUAACUAGAAAAUAGUUGUAUCUGUAUGUUUUUAUGUCAGUAUCUUCUGAAGAAGCUAAUUUGAAGACAACAUUUAUGUGGAUUGAAUGGAUAUUUAAAUUUUUUUUUUUCUUGAACAGAUCGUAGUACUUCUGUUUGCAAGAGGUAAUUGUGAAUUUGCAGGGUUUUAUGAAGAAUCUCUAUGCAGAUGCACUGCUGACAGGAUGGCACUGUCAAUGUCAAGUUAAUAUUUAAUCUUUCAUUUGAAUCAUGUUUGGGCAUGGAGGGGUUCUUUAAGAUAAUCACAUGUUAGCUUUUUCCCUAAACUCUGAAACCUAUUUUAAAUAUUCAGAGAUGAAAUCCACACCUGUUGCUUAGGGAUUUUUUUGUUAUUAAGGCUGGGCUAACAUAAGCAUCGCUAGAGUCACCUAAAGGCAUUGUGUACUGUAUACAGCUCAUGACUGGGGAGACCCUCUGUAAAGCUUACUAGUAAAAUACAGAAUUUAAGUACCUGAGGUUAAAGUCUGCUGGAGAUGGUCAGCAGAAUAUAAUAUAUAAGGAGAAGGGAAUAGGUUAUGAUUUUAAACUCAAAGUUAAGUUACAAAGAGGAAAUUAUGUCUCUUAAUACAGCACAUACGUGUAAGUUAUGCCUUGUUCCCAGUUCUGGAUUCUCUUGCUCAUUUAUUGUGUGUCCUUCAAUAAGUUACAAAGUGAAGAUUGCCAUAAAUACCUUUGGAUUUUGACGCUCCUUUGGAGCGUUCAACCUCAGGCUUUCUCUAAAAACCUGAAACACUCCAAACUUGGAGAGACACUUAUGAGCAUCAAACCCAGCAUAUUAAAAGGUGACCACUGAAAAUCAGAGAAAAACUUGAAAAAUACUAAUCUUAAUGUAUCUCUGCAGCUGCAAAUCAUUUUACUUCCUUAUUGCUAAUGAUUGUUGUGAGAUUAAUUAGCUCAUGUCUGUAAACACUUUGAGAGCCUUAACUGGAAAGUGCUAAGGAGGUGCAAAAUUUUAAUAUAUUGUACUGAAAGAAUGGCAAAAAUGGAAAAAGAAAAAGGAGGAAAACAAAC